AUGGUUGCGGACAUCGAAAAGGCGUUUCUUCAAGUUGGUCUGCAAGACUCAGAACGCGAUGUAACCAGAUUCUUUUGGAUUAAAGACACAAAAAGACUAUCACUGUUUCCAAACAACAUCGAAAUUUAUCGUUUCUGUAGAGUACCGUUUUGGAUUAUUUCAAGGCCUUUUCUUCUGAGUGCAACGAUUGAGGCUCAUUUGAAUGCUUAUGACACUAAACUAUCAGAACAGCUGAAUCAUGACAUUUAUGUUGACAAUAUUAUAACCGGAGCAUCCAGCGAUGAACAAGCUGUAGACUUGUAUAAAGAAGCAAAAAGCAUGUUUAAAGACGCCUCGAUGAAUCUUCGGGAGUGGAGUUCAAGUAGUGAAAAAGUAAACAGUCUUAUUCCAGAGGUUGACAGAUCCACUGAAACUGAAACUAAGGUUCUAGGACAUGUUUGGGACAUAAAAUCAGAUAUUCUGUCAGUAAAAUCUGUAUGUUCGAAUAUAAACCGUUCAUUAGUGACAAAACGAAUCGUACUGAAAGGAAUAGCAUCAAUAUUUGACCCCAUGGCUCUUGUGUCACCAGUCAUUCUUCAUGGAAAAAUGUUGCUUCAAGAAAUGUUGGAAAGUGGUUUCGACUGGGAUACAAAGAUAACAGACGAACAUGUGCUCGAUAAGUGGUCAUUUAUCAGCGAUCAACUUAGGUUGAUAUCUGACAUCAAAAUACGCCGGAGUAUCGUUUCUCAAGACAAAUAUGUAAAAUACAAUUUACUUUGUUUUUGUGACGCUUCGUCAAAGGCUUAUGCCACUGCAAUCUAUCUACAGCAAGAAAAUGUAACUGAUGUGAAAUCAAACUUGAUCUUUGCCAAAACACGUCUUGCUCCAGUCAAGAAAAUGACUAUUCCAAGACUAGAGCUAAUGGCAGUGCUAAUAGGUGUUAGGUGUUUGAAAUUUGUGAAGACACAGUUAAUGAUAGAAAUAUCUCACGAAUACCUUUGGACCGACUCUCAGGUAGCAUUAGACUGGAUUAAUAGUAAAAAGCAACUUCCCGUAUUUGUGAAAAAUAGAGUUAAAGAAAUCAAAAGCAAUAAUUGUGUGAUUUUUGCUCAUGUAGACACAAAAGAUAAUCCAGCUGACGUUGCAACUCGAGGUUCGUCGGUGAGUGAUUUAAAGGAUAAUUCUUUUUGGUGGAACGGUCCCACUUGGUGUUGUGAAAGUCCACGAAACUGGAAUACAAAUCACGACAAUAUUAUUGACAUGGAAUUAAAGCAAGAAAAAGAUGAAAAAGAACUAUGUGUUUCAUUGCAUGUCGAAGAAAAUGAAAGCAAAACAAAACAUGAUAUUGUACCACCUUGUGGAAUUGACAUUCAAAGAUAUUCAACGUUGACAAAAUUGUUGCGUGUUACAGCUCUUGUGUUAAAGUUCAUUAGGAAACUCAAAAAUGUAAAAGAUGAUGCAAAAUAUCUAACUUGUGACGACUUACGACAAGCUGAAAAUUUGUGGAUAGUUUAUGUUCAAAGGAACAUUUAUAAUAAGGACUAUAAGAAUAUUCAAAAGAAAAAGCCGUCCGGACUACAAAGACAACUUGGACUGGUUAUCGACAACAAUGGAUUAUUGCGUUGUACUGGGCGUUUAGGGAACUCUUGCUUAUCAGAAGGAGCAAGACAACCUAUUCUUCUACCUCACAAAGAAAAGUUUACUGAACUAGUGAUUCAAAGGGCACAUAAAGAGUGUAUGCAUUAUGGAAUAUCACAUACGCUAUCCAGAACAAGACAAACAUAUUGGAUAACUCGCGGUCGUUCAGCGGUCAAAGCAGCAUUAAAUAAGUGUAAUGUGUGUCGCCGCUACGAUGGAGGCCCAUACAAAAUGCCUGUUAUGGCCCCACUUCCCAGUUCAAGAGUACAAAAGUCAAGUGCAUUUUCACGAACUGGAUUAGAUUAUCUUGGACCUUUGAACAUUAAAACAUCAAAUGGUAAUAGAAAAGUCUGGAUAUGUUUAUUUUCGUGUAUGACAACACGUGCUAUUCAUUUGGAAGUGAUUCAGGAUUUAAGUACAGAAGAAUUCCUGAUGUGCUUGCAACGAUUCAUUUCACAAAGAAACACUCCUAUCGAGAUUGUUUCUGAUAACGCUGCUCAGUUUAAACUUGCAAGUAAAGUCAUAAAUCAUAUAUGGAAAAACGUAGUGCAAAGUAAUGAAGUAAUGUCAUACGUAGCUUCGAAGGGCAUUCGUUGGAAUUUCAUUGUCGAGUUAGCUCCCUGGAUGGGGGGAUUCUAUGAACGGUUAGUUGGGGUAGUUAAAAGUGCACUAAGAAAAUCAUUAGGACGAAAACUUCUUACAAUGAUUCAACUUCAAACACUUAUCAAGGAAGUGGAAACCGUUGUCAAUUCGAGACCCUUAGUUUACGAAGAAAAUGAUUUAUCUUCUAACAUCACUUUGACACCUGGGCAUUUUUUAACAUUAAAUCCAAACACCGGUGUACCAGACUUAGAAGACGACGAUGGUGAUGAAAACUAUUUACCUGUCGAAAGUUCAACUGAAAAACUGUUAAAGAUUUGGAAAAAAGGACAAAGAUUACUGAAUGAGUUCUGGAAAAUUUGGCGUGAUCAGUACCUUGUGAGUUUAAGAGAGCGCCUUCAGACUCAAUUAAAAUCAGGACGGAUUACUGCCAAAACAAUACCGAGUGUGGGUGAUGUUGUGCAAAUAAAGGAAAACUUACCUAGAGGAAGUUGGAAAAUUGGUCGCAUUGUUGAGUUAGUGACUAGUAAUGAUGGAGAAAUUCGAUCUGCUAAAGUACAGCUACCUUCGAAGAGACUGAUAGGCAGACCUUUGAACUUACUUUAUCUUCUUGAAUGUGAUAAAAAUCUCACAUUUAUUGAUGACAAAGGGGAUACGAACAGUCUUCCAACUGAACUUUAUGGAAUACGGGAGUCGUAUCCAUGGCGAUUCGGAGAACCACUUUGUAUUUUCAAAUCUUUUGUGGCGGAAAUGACAUCAUACGCAUCGAUUCUCACAAUCACAGCUUUCACCGUUGAACGAUACGUGGCAAUAUGUCACCCAUUAAAAGCGCAGACCUUAUCAAAUUUGUCACGUGCUGUUAAAAUGGUGAUUUCAAUUUGGAUUUUAUCGUGCCUAUUUGCUUUGCCUUAUCCGAUUCAUACGCGGGUUUUCCCGUAUGUGUCAUACAAUGGGACUGGUAUAGAAGACUCUUUACAAUGUAACAUCCCCUUUGAAUGGCAGAGGGGGAUGACGUAUGCUUUCCAGAUAUCUACAUUUGUUUUCUUUGUAUUUCCAAUGGGGCUCAUAACUGUAAUGUACGGUUUGAUUGGUAAUAAAUUGCGCUCUUCGCAACUGGAAACAAAGCACAAGUCAACGACGAUGGCGAGGAAAGCAGUCGUUAGAAUGUUAUUUGCCGUUGUCGUUGCCUUUUUCGUGCAGUGGGCACCUUUCCAUGCACAGCGUCUCAUCACCUUAUAUUUUCCGGUUGACAUGUGGACUCCAACUUUAAUCAAAUUCCAAUCAGAUUUGUUCUCCGUAUCUGGUAUAAAAAACUGCUGGAGCUUAAUGGAAAGUCAAAGUCAAUUUACUGUUCCGAUAAAACGGCUGUCAAUUCUAUUAGAAAAAAAUGCGAACAACAUUACAAAGUUGUCAUUUAUGGAUUUGAACGGAACUGAGAACGUCAAUGGAUUGCUAAAUACGGAUAAAUUACGUGAUAUCACUUUCAUGAAUGGGAGACGACCACACACAUGUCCUUGUUAUCAGUCCCAUUCUUCUGGACGUUUGAACGAGCUCUACAGUGACACAGAUCGUAUUCACGUCGACCAUUGUCAAGGGUUCGGACCUAGAGCGGCGGGACUUAUAUACCAGAAUUCCACAAACAGUAGUCUUGUUAGUUUUUGUGAACUUGAAUCAGAUUCCAUUGUUGAAAUGAAGUCUUUAUCGACUUGUAGUAGCUGA